GGCUGGUGGGCACGUGGGCAAAUGCGAGCGACCUUCUUGUGUCUACUCUGGGCAGCGCCGGCGUUGCUCAGUGGCGUUGUCGUAGCGAGUGAAGUUGGGGACACUUCUGCGUCUGAUCACUUCAUUGAAGACUACUUUUACUCGGAGAACUCUACGUUGGUCACGCCCUCCGAUGCCAUGACGCCUGGUGUGUUUGUCGGCGACGCUGUGAUCCUUUCCAUUGAAGAAGCUCCCAAGUACAAAGAAUUUGUGCUCCAUGAAGGUCGCACCCAAGACGUCAUCGUCUUCAUGUCGACAUCUCUCGAUGCGAAACUGGUGUUUGAGCGCGCCGUGCGUCGUCUGGACAAUGAGGCGCCGUUGCCCACGCGAUUCUUUGCGCUGCCACUGCCACCGCCUUCUGCAACGCCGCCCAAACCAAACGAAGAAGUAGAUUUUGACGACACCAUUGUCUCGUUCAAGACCCUGCACAACCUUCCGAACAUUCCAGAGGCGGGUCUCCAUAUCCUUGUUUCGUAUCCUGCGACUGGUUCUCGGUCACUGGCCGUCCAUGCCAACAACGCCAAGAUGGUGCAGGUGUCGACUUCAGAAGAUGGAUGGGUGUCUCGACUCCAGGAGCAUCUCGUGUCGUCCGCCGCGGCUUCCGAACCGACAUCUUCUUCGUCCAGCAGCUUCCCUGGAAUCCUCCCCAUUGCCGUGUUGCUAUAUGUAGUCGUGAUAUUGAUUCCAAGCAUCGCAGCACAUUGGCAGUGGUGGGUAGCUCUGGUUCAGUCAAAACGGCUCUGGUUUGGCUUGAGUCUUCUCGGAUUGUACCUGUCACUUUCAGGCUCAUUCUACUCGCUCAUCCACGGAGCACCGCUCUUCCAUCUGUCUGGCCAGGGUACCCACCUUACGACUGAAUCAUGCUGACCCUGCGCGGUCUUUGAUGCAACUACUCUUCCAUGACGUAGGGUUUGCAUUGCUCCAUCCACAAGCUCAGCGGCAAUUUACCCUGGAAGGAAUGUUUGGUGGCAUGCUCCCGUUUGCGAUCUCCGCCGCUCUCUUGACCAUCACCCACGGCAUGCCGUACCUCCUCAACCCGGAGCAUCGUUUCCACUCGGUCCUUAUGUGUGGUAUGGUCAUCAGCAUGGCGUUCUUCUUCGAGCAUGCUCUCUUCACCGCCAAGAAUCGAUGGUAUGGGCUCUUUUUUUAAUCGCGUGCUAAAAUCAAGUCUCCCCUGCACUUCGCGCAA